AUGGGUUGCGCAAGUUCGAAGCAAUCUCAGUGCCAGCACUGUGAGAACCACUAUUCUCCCUUGACUCGUAGCUAUUCGACGCAUGUCCCCCACCUGCCGGAGGGCCACGGUGAUAACUACCAUGUGGUUGCACUCACUUCAGCCACAUUGGGAUCUCUCGGGCUGGCCACUUCCAAUCCUAACAUUCACAUCCACGGCACCAACAUUGUUAAGGAUGAUGUUAAAGAGAGUACUUAUGAUGAUGAGGUCGUUAUUGAUAGGGAAAGCAAAAGCAAGGAUUUCUCAUUGGGGGUUAUUGAAACCGAGACAUGGUCUAAUAUAAUCAAUGAGAAGAUGCCCAAGAUGAUUCCAAAGACUCCGAUUCGAACUCCUCCCAGCGAACCGGAGACUAUCAAUGCUUGGGAAUUGAUGGAAGGCCUUGAAGAUGUUAGUCCCCUCCAUCCCCAGAGUUAUGUGAGAAGCUUCUUAUUUGGGUUUGUUCCAAAUCCAAAAGAGAGUGGGAGAGAAUCCCCAAGUCCCUUGUGGCUGCAAAUGGAUGGCAAUGAAGAUUUGAAAACUGUUGUUGCAGAAUUUGAUCCGGAUGUCAUUUCCACAUUCAGGAAAGCACUUGAAGAGCUCUCCCCUGCGAAGCAGAUUCCGCCAAAGCCACAGGAUUAUGAAAAGCCACAUGUCAUGGCUAAUAUCGAGCACAAAUUUGAAAGUGUCGAUACAAAGAAUGUAAAUACGGAUGUCACCCCAAUCAAAUUUCCAAUGCAUAGGAAGAACAAGGUAGUAGUAUACUUCACAAGUCUCAGAGGGGUGAGGAAGACAUAUGAGGACUCUUGCCGCGUUAGAGUGAUUUUAAAAGGAUUGGGUCUUUGCGUCGACGAAAGGGAUGUAUCGAUGCACUCGGGGUUCAAGGAAGAGCUAAAGGAGCUAAUGGGGGAGGGGUUCACCGGGGGCAGCUUGCCUAGAGUGUUUGUUGGGGGAAGGUACAUUGGCGGGGCGGAGGAGAUUCGGAGAAUGAACGAGGAAGGGCAGCUAGAAAAGGUGUUGGAAGGGUGCGAAAUGGUGGACGAUGGGGGGGACGGUGGCCGAGUUUGUGAGGCAUGUGGUGACAUAAGGUUUGUGCCCUGUGAGACAUGUUCUGGCAGUUGCAAAAUCUAUUACGAUUAUGAUGAGAAAGAAGGAAAGGAAGAGGAGGAUGACGGUGAUGAGUAUGGAUUUCGACGUUGCCCGGAUUGCAAUGAGAAUGGGAUCAUACGCUGUCCCAUUUGUUGUGAUUAAGAUU